AUGUAAAUAAAUGGCCGUUUGUAAUUCGACUUAAAACUAGAUGAUAAAGAUUAUAAAAUAAGUGGCAACAUUUUCUUGAAAGACAACCUAUCUACUGAUGUUGAGAAAGAAGCAGAAACAAUUGCCAAUCGAAUCGUCGAAAAAGUCCGAUAAAAAUCAUUAAACAAAUCAAUCAAUAAAUCUGUGUAAAACAAAUACGAAUCAUAAUCAGCCACCAAAUUUAGUCAAACUGAACAUUUCAAAUCAGUUGAACAAUGCAAUUCUCGAUAAGAAACUCUAAAAAAUGACUAUAAAUAACCAUAUGUUUCAGAAUAUCAGAGUGAGCAUAGAUCCUCUUUGAACUUCAAUAAUGAAAAUCAAUAAUUAGAUAUUUGUGAAUUAAUUACACCUUAAAAACAUAAAAUACGUCACACUAAAUCUCAACAAUGCAUUAAAAAAGAUUAACCAAUUAAUAAAUAGUCUACUAUCUAAUUAGCAGAAAGCUAAAUUAUUAUCGAAAACAAUAGCAACAGCAAAACUAAAAAUGGAAAACAUAUUAUUUAAUUGAUAGAUAAUGCUCAUAAUCUGAUCAGAAAGAACUCUUAAAUUUUAAAUAAAGUUUAACUCUAGUCUCCUCUUAAAUCAUCUAUUAAUACCAAAUCAUCUCUAAGUAUCAAAUCUUCAAUCAAUGCAUCAUCUAAUAAAAAGAAAGAAGAUAUUGUUACUCAACUAUUAGGAAGUUUAAGAAAUGCAAAAAAAAUUAAAGAUGAAUACUAAAAAAGAUUCUUUUGA